UCCAGUUCGGUCCAGCAUGAGUGCUCUGGACGACUCGACACCCAUACGCCGGAGAAUCAAGCAGGACGAAAACGACCGUCAUGAGCACCAGCAGCAUGUCCAGAAUGGAGCAGCGACUACUCCUGCUCGGAACCCUGCAUCCUCGACAUCCAUCACCGCAUCGACAUCCAUAGGUACACUGCCGUCCAUCCUCCAAAUCUGGGCUCCGACCCUCAUGCUUAUAUUUGGCGGCUGCUGCUCCAAUGUCUACACCCUCGAAUCUAUCAUCCAUGCUUCUCCUUCGUCCGGAUCUCUCAUUACCGCAUUUCAAUUCCUCCUCGUCGCCCUAUUCACAUUACCACGUCAUUUCUCCCCUCGCCGCGGCCUGCGCAAUCUCUACUUGAAAGAGCGAAACAUCCCAAUCCGGAAAUGGGUCGUCUACACCGCCUACUUCCUGAGUAUCAAUAUUCUGAAUAACAAGGCGUUCAAGUACCGGAUCAGUAUCCCCUUGCAUAUUAUUCUGAGGAGUGCUGGGCCCGUCACCACCAUGCUUGCCGGGAGGAUUUGGAAGGGACGCCGGUAUCCUACGCAGAAAAUUGUGGCCGUGAUGCUACUUUUCGGUGGGGUGGUGUUGGCGGCCUUUUCAGAUACAUGGUCCAAGCAGGUGGAUAUCGGCGCAGCAGUCGAAGAGCUGGAUGAUUACCGCUCGACAGCGGAGCACCUUGAGCCGGCGUCUACGACGUCCGCGGGUUCAGUGUUUUCGUCUCAAACCCCCGGUUUCGUGCUUCUUGCGUCCGCACUCAUCCUGUCAGCGUGUAUGGGCCUCUACACCGACGACAUGUAUGCCACCCACGGUCGGUCCGGGGAGAUCACAGCGGAGACGCUCUUCUACAGCCACACCAUGUCGUUGCCAUACUUCGCCAGUCAAAUCCGACCACUCUUUUUCGAAUUCGUGAAUCUCCUGGCCGUUCCAGGCCAUGACAUCAACGACCCGUCAAAGACGGAGGCACCCAUAUCUUCGUCUUCCUGGCUGGAUGGCCCCUCCUCCGCCCUUCCCCGCCCGCUCGUGCUACUCUUGCUCAACGCCGCGACGCAACUCCUCUGCAUAAUAGGCGUCAACCGGCUCUCGGCACAGUCGUCCUCCCUCACGGUCUCCAUCGUCCUCAACAUCAGGAAACUCGUCAGCCUUGUCUUGAGCAUCUGGCUGUUCGGGAAUCAACUCCCUAUCGGCGUGGUCAUGGGCGCGGUGAUCGUCUUCGUGGGCGGAGGACUGUACGCUCUGCCUGGGCCGAGAGGAGGGAAGCCAAUGGACAAGGAGAAGAUAAGGAAGAAGACGUAAUGACCUCGGCUUCUUGCGCACAAUACGACGAGAAGACGAGAAAACGUGUACAAUAUGAUCAUGAAUUGGGUAGACGAAGUCCCUCGCCCCGCAUUGGAGACUUCGAGCCCAGGAACCGGACGGAAACCGAGGGUACCUACUGUAAAUAUGUAGGUCCAUGUAUAGACUAGAGAUAGAUUUCAACGGCGCACGGGUAAUGCCUCCCUUGUGACCCUGUACCUCGUCCAUCUCAUCCCGCCUUUCCUCGACGCACCACCAACUCUCUAGCCGGUCUGUCAUGUGUGGUAGGCAGGUCAGCACAACAGUCAAAAACCUGUUCUGCAUUCGAUGUCGGCAUCGGCAAGCACAGCGACUUUGACAUUGGGUUUCACGGGUCAUUUCCGC